CGCUCUACGGGGGGAGGUAGAAGUGCGCGGGCGCGGUACGGAGCCAGCGUUACUCCACGACCUGCACUCAACGCUGCCGCCUGCCGCGCCCGAAACCCUCCACACCAUCUCCAUCAUCCUCAAAGGCCUCGUCUUCGUCACCAUCAUCCUUGGAGCCUUACUGGGAAACGCCCUCGUCAUCAUAUCAGUCCACCGACAUAGGAAGCUGCGCGUCAUAACCAACUACUACGUCGUCAGUCUCGCUGUCGCGGACAUGCUAGUCGCUUUGUGUGCGAUGACCUUUAAUGCUAGUGCAGAGCUUACCGACGCUUGGCUCUUUGGGCCUUUAGUCUGUGAUAUCUUCAAUUCCCUUGACGUAUACUUCUCUAGCGCCUCAAUCCUUCAUCUAUGCUGCAUAUCCGUUGAUAGAUAUUACGCUAUCGUCCGACCUUUAGAGUAUCCGGUAACGAUGACACAUAGAACUGUUUGCUUCAUGCUCGCAAAUGUCUGGCUAUGGCCGGCGUUUAUUAGUUUUGUACCGAUAUUCAUGGGAUGGUACACUACAGAAGAUCAUCGGCAGUAUAGAAAGAACCAUCCAGAUGUUUGCGUCUUCAAAGCCAAUAUGGUUUACGCGAUAAUAUCUUCGAGCGUCUCAUUUUGGAUACCGAGUCUAGUCAUGAUAUCAAUGUACUGUAAGAUAUUUAGGGAAGCGGUCAGACAAAGGGAAGCUUUGACUAGAACAUCAUCGAAUAUUCUGCUCAAUUCUGUCCAUAUAAAGCAUACUUCGCACAGCGCACACCAUUCUCACUACUUGCAUCCUGAUAGAAGGCCUUCAGACAUAAGUCCGAAUUACAGUACCUUCACAGAAGUAGGGCCAGAAGAGACUGAAUUCGGUGGAGAAGUUGUAAUGGCUCUAGGAGAUAUAUGUCCGAGUAAAGAGGCCAGUCCAAGGAAGUCAGUAAACAUAAGCUGUGAUACAGCUAGCUCGGGCUAUUGUUCUGGUGGAUCAAACAAAAGGUCAAGUGGUCCUCCGGUUGGUUGGAGACCAAGCUGCUCAUCAGCUGUAGCGACAAGAGAUUUGGCGCGAGCAGCGACAGAACUAAAUUCUCAAGGUGCCAGUCUUCGCGCGGCGGGCAAGUCGUGGCGAGCGGAGCAUAAAGCGGCGCGCACACUUGGUAUCAUCGUCGGCGCAUUCUUGUUGUGUUGGCUACCAUUUUUUCUUUGGUACGUUACAACAAACGUCUGUGGUGAACCGUGCGAGACACCAGACGUCGUAGUCGGCGUACUAUUCUGGAUUGGCUACUUCAACUCGGCUCUGAACCCGCUGAUCUACGCGUACUUCAAUCGGGACUUUCGGGACGCGUUCAAAAACACUCUAAUGUGCGCGCUGCCUUGUUGCUUCAGCUGCUGGAAGGACACCGGCGCGGGGUCUUUUGUGUGAUAACCUUGUUUUUAAGAUUUCGAAAAUGUAUAUUAUAGAUUUAAUUUUGGUAAGUGAUGAUAAAAAAUUACGUUGACUAAUUGUUGUUAUACUUGGAAUUAAGAGUCUAGAAGCCAAAUCAAAGUACGAUAAAAUUUAAUUAAAUGGAAUUUAAUUGAUAGUCAGGGAUCCCUAGAACAUUAUAUACACCUGAUUACUAAGAAGCUAAUUUUUCGUGAGUAGCUUCAUCUCGAUGAGACGAACAUCUUUUUUAUUUACGAAAAUUUUUGAUUCUGUUAGCUAUAACUGAGUUACCAGGAAAUUAAAAUUUCAGAGCGUCGGAACGAGAUAAUGUACCACGCAAUUGGCAUAAUGCAUGGUAAGUAAAAAAAAUUAAUAGCCUCGUUAUUGAUACAAGUUGGGAGGAGGGUAGAGUAACAAAAGUUAGCUACCAGAAUCAAGAAUUUUCGUAAGGAAAAAGUUGAUCGUCUCAUCGAGAUGGAGCUACUAACGAAAAAUAAGCUUGUUAGUAAUCAGGUGUACAAAAUGUUCUAGGGAUCCCUGACUAUGAGUCUUGGGUUUAUGUACUAAUGUUAAAUUUCUAUUGUAUUGUAUGUAAAUUCGUUGUAUAGUGGCAUCAGCAAUAAAAAUUUGUAAAUGUAAUUUAAGUAGGUACCUUAUGCUUACAAUUAUGUUA